CAGACGGUUACACAUGUGGGGGAGACAUGGCUAGUGGAGAUAUGUGGAGCGUGCUGGAAGAGUGUGUGAAGACUAUAAAUACCAACACAGCACAGCCAGAGAACUUCCUGAGCCUUCAGGAUGGAGUGGCAGCAGACUUUACCUCUCUCACUAAGACUCUGUAUGACCUCCACAAAGCUCAGGAGCCUGCAGAUUAUAAAGGCAGCCUGUUGGCACAGCUGGUGGUGGAAGACUUUGAUGAAGAGCAGAUCUGGCAGGAGCUGGAGCUGCAGAACAAUGCUGUACUGAAACACUUUAAAAGUGCUGUUGAUGAGGCUUUGUCAGACGAUGCACUAACAGUGCUGGCAGAGGAGGAGGAAGAGGAUCAUGAUGAGGCAGAGGUAGAGGCCGAUGAUGAAAAUGUUGAUGAGGAAGAAGAAGAAGAGGAGGAACCAUGCAGGCAGUCUAAGAAAAUGGCUGAGGAUGGGCCAGAGGAUUACACAGACGAGGACUCUGAUUUAGAUUUUGAUGUGGAUGCUCUGGAGAAGCGAGAGAAACAGAAGAUGGAGAUUGGAAGGAAGGGCUCCAAAACAAAAGUCGUUCCCUCUGAGGUUGAUGAUAAGUUCUUCAAACUGUCAGAGAUGGAGUCGUUUCUUGAUGAUAUGGACAAGCGAGAGGGAAAGGAGGAUCAGAAUGAAAACGACGUAGACUAUUUCCAGGACCUGCCAUCUGAUGAGGAUGAAGAUCUUGACCUGGAAAAAAUAAUUUCUACCAAAAAGCAAAAGAAAAAAUCUGUAAAGAGCUCCAGGAAUCUCAAGUACAAGGACUUCUUUGAUGCUGUGGAUAGCGAACCAGCCAAAGCAGAUGACCAGUCAGAUGGUGAGGAUGACAGCAUGGAUGAAAGCCAGGAGGAAGGUGAAGACGAAAUGGAUGACGAAGAGGAUGAUUAUGAUAGUGAAGAGGAGGGUGACGAUGAGGAUGAAGAGGGAACUCAGUCCAAAGCGUCUGGUAAGAAAGUGACCUUUGACCUCUCUGGGGAUGAGGACAGUGAAGGAGAGGACAUGGAGGACAUUUUUGGAGGAAAAACUUCAAGCUCAGCAAAGUCUGAAUCAAAAUCAUCAUUUGAGAAACGGCAAGAAAAGAUGUCAGAGAAGAUCGAGGAGUUGGAGAAAGCAGCUCUAACAGAGAAGCCCUGGCAGUUGUCCGGAGAGGUGACAGCACAGACUCGUCCAGAGAACAGCAUGCUGGAGGAAGAUGUGGAGUUUGAGCAGGCAUCCAGGAUGGCCCCUACUGUCACUGAGGAAACCACACUACAGCUUGAAGACAUCAUCAAACAGAGAAUUAAAGACCAGGCGUUUGAUGAUGUGGUCCGCAAGGAGAAACCCAAAGAAGAGGUGUUUGAGUACAAGAAGAGGCUAACAUUGGACCAUGAGAAGAGCAAGCAGAGUCUAGCAGAAGUCUAUGAGCAAGAAUACCUGAAGCAGAAUCAGCAAAAGACAGAGGAGGAGGAGAACCCAGCCCACGUAGAAAUACAGAAGCUCAUGGACACACUUUUCCUAAAGUUGGAUGCUCUCUCCAACUUCCACUUCACACCUAAACCACCUGUUCCUGAGGUCAAAGUGGUGUCUAAUUUGCCAUCCAUUACAAUGGAGGAAGUGGCUCCAGUCAGCACUAGUGAUGCAACGCUGCUCGCACCAGAAGAGAUCAAGGAGAAGAGCAAAGCAGGAGAUGUACUGGGUGAUACUGAGAAGACGUCAACAGACAAGAAGCGUGAGAGACGCCACAAGAAGAAGGUGAAGCGUAUUAAGAUCAAGGAGAAAGAACAGAGGCAGAAACUUAAAGAGGCUAGUAAAACUGGAGAGAACAAAAAGCCAUCGAAGGCUGAAGUCACAGAAAACCUGAAGAAACUCACAAAAGGAGGCAAAGCCACAAUACUCAAGGAUGAAGGAAAGGACAAGGCCCUGCGGUCCUCUCAAGCCUUCUUCUCUCAGCUGCAGGACCAGGUUAAAAGUCAGAUCAAAAGUGAAAAGGACCAGUCUUCAAAGAAAAAGAAGCACAAAGAGGUUUCUGUCAGCAAACUCAAGUUAUAAUGACUGUGAUGGUUUGUUGUGUGAGAUCAACUUUUUAUUGUACAGAUUCUUUUUUAUGAGAAAGCAGAAAUAUAUUAAGUCUGAAAGUUCUUGUAAAAUGUUUCCAUCAUCA